AGUAGAAUACAUUACUCAAUAUGUUCAAAUCUUUCCAGCUAAGAGCUCUUACUAUUCUUGAAACAAAAAUCAGAAUAGGAAGUAUUUGUAAGUGUUUGGUGAAAAAUAUUUAGUUAAACUUUCCAUGUAUCGCCAUGUGUUCGAUGCUAAACUCAAUCUAUUAAUUGGAUAUCCAAAAAGUGACACAUGUAGCACAUAUAAUUCUGGAAAAAAUACUAUUGAGCAUAAAGAAAAUUGUAGCAUAGAGUUUGAAUUUCAAAAAGUAGAUAGGCAAAAGCCAAUAACUGACAACAAUAUGUGGUACAUCACAAUGGAUCUACAACAAACGAUGCCGUUACCUAAGCUUUUAGCAUCAAGAGCAUUCUAUUUACGUCAAGUAUGGCUGUAUAAUUUUGGUAUACAUUGCAUUACUUUAUCAGGAUCAAAAUCUUACUUUUUUACGUGGACUGAAGAUCUAGCUGAUCGAGGUAGUACUGAGAUAGCGAGUUGCCUAUUCAGAUUUUGUAAGCUUUUAAAAGAAGAAUAUCUCCAAAUUAAUCAUUUGAUCAUAUUUAUAUGGUCAGAUUCAUGUUCUGGUCAAAACAAAAACUUUAUAAUUGUAGGUCUAUAUCAAUAUCUCAUUUUAAAUGGAUAUUUUAAAAUAAUAGAGCAUAAAUUUCCUGAAGAGGACUACAGUUAUUUAUAUUCUGACAGGGACAUUUUAAACAUAGAAAAAAGAUAGAAAAGAAAACAUCAGUCAGUUUUAAAUCCAGAUCAAUAUCGUAACAUUAUCACGUCGGUAAGCACAAAAGAUAGCAUUAUUAUAAAUAUGGAAUAAAUAUGUAAUAUGAACGAACCUCUAUUUAUGUAAAAAGCAAACAAAUAGUUCAAACGAAAAGGUUUAUUUUCGUGAUAAUGUAAAAUGGAUAAGAGUGAACAAAUUUGGCCUCUAUCUCUUAUAAGACAUGCCUUAAUGACUACGUGCCAUUUCGGCAAGUAGAUUUAAGAGAAAAAAAAGGACAGCACAUCUGACCAGAACCAAAUAUAGACCAAGAAGACUGGAAAAUAAAACUGGUGGUUUGAGUUUGAAAAAACUGGAAAAUUUAAGAGACCAAAUGAAAUUUGUUCCCGAAAGGUACAUAUGAUUUUAUGAAAACGCGAUAGAGGAAAAUAAAGCAAAUUACAAAAAAAGAACCUACUAA